AUGACAUUAAAGCGCAAGGCUUCGUUCACGAUCACGACCCGCACACGGAAGCGGUACAAACAGGACCGUCCAGAUGAACAGUCCAUAUAUGAUAAAACCCUUCGUUGGCUCUUCUCAGCACAGAAGAAGCAGCGUGACCGGGACGAGCCAUCAGCAUCCUCCAUGUCCAACGAAGUCUGCACUGAGGAUGCGCCGCCCCUUCCGUCCAUUCCCGACCCCAACCAACAGACCCUAGGGAGGUUCUUUCAGCGUAUUCAACGUCCCUCCCAAAUGUCGCCGCAUUGCCUUUCUAAUAACACAUCGACGCAAACCUUCAUCUCUCAACCUGGCGCCAUGAACUCCAUGGGCCAAGUCAACCCGACCAUGUAUAAUGCCAAUUCUGGCAGCAUGGAUAUCGACAUGGACAUGACGAUGGAAAUAGACUCUGGCAAUGAUUCCGUGACGUCGAGUCUGGCCGGUGAAAAGAGAUGGGUCGGUGGUAUCGGUUGGAUAUGAAAUAAUUUACACACCUUUCUUUUUUUUUUCUUUUUUUUUGCCCAUUCUCCCUAUUUUUCGAUUGUAUUAUGUUCAUGCGCAGCAUUUCUUCCAUGGCGUUCCGGAUCUGUUGAUCUCUCCCCUGCGAUCAUUUGUGGGAUGGUACCAAACCUAUUCUUUUCCCUUGUUUUACUUUCGGCUAUGCUAUGAUCUAGCCGGAAGGCUUGUACCAAAAACUGGCGGACGGGCGCUGGCUUGGUCUCCCGGCGUGCAAGCCGGGGGACUAUUUCCAUAUUCGAAUCGAGUUCCACACUCUGUUAACGCGUGUGUGUUCCCUGGCAUAUGUGGUCCCGCUGGGUGCGUGCUCACGGGCCUUUGCUGGAGGAUUUGGGCGUGCGGGUUGUGAGUGCCAAGGGUAUGGCAACGGGAGUUUAUGACGAUGGCCAGUUUAUCGCCGUGUAAACUAUAUAUCAGGCGUAAUUAUAUUGCAGAAUAACACGAGCAGUGUUUAACACAG